AUGUCCCCUCACAGCAGCAGGAGCCAGACCCCUCAGCAGCAGGAGCCAGUCCUCACAGCAGCAGGAGCCAGUCCCCUCAGCAGCAGGAGCCAGUCCCCUCAGCAGCAGGAGCCAACUUCACUUUUCUCACACGCAGUGUCUGUGCGCCAGUGUUCCGCAGGCCUCCUCAUGUAUUUUAAGGCUCCUGCUUGUCUUCAGGGCAGCUCCGAGAGAGAGAGAGAGACCGUAGACCUGGGAACUACCGCCGCAGAGUCCCGGCCAAAUCAUGUCCACACGCCGCUGAAAAUAACUAACUGUCCCGGGAAGUUAGAGCAAAGUCAAGGUCAGUGA